AUGGCCACCACCACAGCGUAUGUUAUAAUCAAAGAACAAUUGAGAGUGUAAUACUAAUUGAACAGAGUAUUAUUAGUCCACAAUGCUACUCCAGAUACUAUAUUACAAUUUCAUGAUCAAUUAUCAAAUGAGUUACCAAUAACAAAAGGAAGAUGGAAUUUUAAUUUUAAAAUUUUCAGAAAUAAUCAAUAUUCAAUACCACAGAAUCAACCAGAACUAACAGAAUCUAAAGAAUCAAAAUUCUUAUACACAUUAUCACCUUCAUAUUUAAUAGAUUCAACAAUUUGUCUAAUUAAUAAUAAAUCAUCCGGAGUAUUUACAAAUUCAAUAGAAGAAGAAGUAAAAGAAUUGGGACAUAGUCAUGAAUUAACUAUACCUAAUUUUCAUUUACAUUUAGGUGCCACAACUGGAUUAAAUGAUAAAUUUGAUUUUUUUACCCAUUCAAAAUUACAAAGUUUAUGGUUACAAAGACAAUUAAUAAAAGGGGACGGUGGACAGAUAUAUGAAUUAGAAAAUGGAAAUUUAUGUUUUCGGACAUCUAAUGUUUUUUUACAUGGGAAUUUUAGAGGAUUAUUAAUUCAAAUUGAAAUAAAUAUAAAAGAGGAGGGUAUCGAUCUAGAGGAAAAGUUCAAUAGGAUAAAGAAUAAAUAUAAUAUACCUGAUGGUAAUUUAUGUUGUGAUGUAAUUAAUCUGGGUCGUUUUGAUAAAUAUGGUGAUUUAUGUUUACAAUAUUCAAAGAUUUUAAACUUUUAA